UUCUGGCUGCUCGCAGCAGAGCGGUCACAGGGUAAGGGACGGCAGAGGGGGAUGCUUUUGAGGCAAGGGGAAGUGGAUGAGCAGAUGAGGAGGCCGAGGGAGCCGGAGACCAGGAGAUUCCUCCCCUCAUGGCCUUGGUACCUGUCCUCCCUAGUCUGCCCUCUCCCAGUCUUACCCAGGAGGCAAAAGAGAAACCCUCGACUCUUGUGAAAACUGAGUGAGGCUUCAUCUCCUUGGGUUGGAGUAGGCUUGAAGGUCCUUGAGUAUUGACUCAAGGGCUUACCUAAGUCCCCUCCCUGCUCUCCUCCCAUGUCUUCAUUUUCUCCCUACUUCAGUCAGACACGGGCAACUGUGCACUUAUUGGCCAAGUUCAAUUUCUUGGGUACUUCCUACAUUUAGAAUGUGAGACCCUCAGCCUGUGAGGUUGAUGGUCAGUAACGGCGGGCAGGGUUUUUAUGUUAGGGACUAGGUUUUUUUUUUUUUUUUUAAAUUUUAUUUUAUUUAAUAAUAACUUUGUAUUGACAGAAUCCAUGCCAGGAUAAUUUUUACACGACAUUAUCCCUUGCAAUCACUUAUGUUUCAUUUUUUCCCCUCCCUCCCUCCUCCCCCCCCACUAGAUGGCAGGCAGUCCCAUAUAUGUUAAAUAUGUUGCAGUAUAUCCUAGAUACAAUACAUAUUUGCAGAACCGAACAGUUCUCCCGCUGCACAGGGAGAAUUGGAUUCAGAAGGUAAAAAUAACUCGGGAAGAAAAUCAAAAAUGCAAAUAGUUCACAUUCAUUUCCCAGUGUUCCUUCUUUGGGUGUAGCUGUUUCUGUCCAUCAUUUCUCCAAUGAAACUCAGUUAAGUCUCUUUGUCAGAGAAAUCCACUUCCAUCAGAAUACAUCCUCAUACAAUAUCGUUGUCAAAGUGUAUAAUGAUCUCCUGGUUCUGCUCCUCUCACUUAGCAUCAGUUCAUGUAAGUCUCGCCAGUCCUCUCUGUAUUCAUCCUGCUGGUCAUUUCUUACAGAACAAUAAUAUUCCAUAACAUUCAUAUACCACAUUUUACCCAGCCAUUCUCCAAUUGAUGGGCAUCCAUUCAUUUUCCAGUUUCUAGCCACUACAAACGGGGCUGCUACAAACAUUUUGCCACAUACAGGUCCCUUUCCCUUCUUUAGUAUUUCUUUGGGAUAUAAGCCCAAUAGAAACACUGCUGGAUCAAAGGGGAUGCACAGUUUGAUAACUUUUUGGGCAUAAUUCCAGAUUGCUCUCCAGAAUGGUUGGAUUCGUUCACAACUCCACCAACAAUGCAUCAGUGUCCCCGUUUUCCCGCAUCCCCUCCAACAUUCAUCAUUAUUUUUUCCUGUCAUCUUAGCCAAUCUGACAGGUGUGUAGUGGUUUCUCAGAGUUGUCUUAAUUUGCAUUUCUCUGAUCAAAAGUGAUUUGGAACACUCUUUCAUAUGAGUGGUAAUAGUUUCAAUUUCAUCUUCUGAAAAUUGUCUGUUCAUAUCCUUUGACCAUUUAUCAAUUGGAGAAUGGCUUGAUUUUUUAUAAAUUUGAGUCAGUUCUCUAUAUAUUUUGGAAAUGAGGCCUUUAUCAGAACCUUUAAUUGUAAAGAUGUUUUCCCAGUUUGUUACUUCUGUUAGGGACUAGUUAAAGCGUCAAACCUGAAAAGCUGCCUCCUGCUUCCUAUUGCUUGCUGGAAGGGAGGGUGCCAUGCUUUUCUCUAGAACAUACAAUAAACUUUUACCUUGGCCCUGGAGAUCUCUCCAGCUUUUUGUUAAAUGGGGACCACUCACUAUCCUCAGCCUCACACUCUUCCUCCUCUUUCCCCUUCCACUACCCCAAUCCCUCUCUCCAUCGCGGAUGAUCUGGGGUUCGCACAUUGCUCCUCCCUUAUUCUUCACACUACCCUUUCUCCUGAGCCCUAUUCUGCUUUGGAAUAGCAGAGGGAGGUUUGGGAACUGGAGGGGCAAAAGGCCAACCUUUUUUCAUGGUUCCUUGUUCCUUUCUAGCUCAGCCUCCAGGGACCCACAGGCUCCGUGCAGGGGAGAAGAGGGCCAUCUUGGUCACUAUGUUCCUCACCAUUAGAUCCCCACAGGGAUCGGUGACAUUCCAGGAUGUGGCUGUGGACUUCACCCGGGAGGAGUGGGGCCUCCUGGACCCCUCCCAGAAGGAGCUUUACUGGGAUGUGAUGCUGGAGAAUUACAGGAACCUGGUCUGCCUGGGUCUUGUGGAGUCCAAUGGGGACAUGAUCUCUCAGCUGGAGUCAGGGAGAACACAUGGGAUUCCAGUGGAUAGUGUCUCGAAAGCUUGCUGGUUAGAUGGGGGCACUAGGCCUCAGACUAAGGAGUCCACUCCAAUGUUAAGUGUUUCUAUGAAAGAGUUUUCCCAAAUCACAUCCUUAUGGGAUGACCCUUGCACCUCUGAGAUGGGAAAAGCCUGGGAGUAUUAUGGCAAGUUCAAGAAAGAGCAAAACAACGAGGGGAAACAUUCUAGCCGAGGAAAAGAAAUCCAAACAGAAGCUGCUGUUGAAGUCAGAGCUUCUGAAUCCUGUAAAUACAGCCAAACCUCCAGCCCAAAGCCAGUCCUCUUUCCACAACAGGGACUCUCUGUAGUAAUGGAUCUCCAUAACAGUGAGAAUCAGACAAGGAGCUUCACCCUGGAGUCGGACCAAAGACACUGCACUCCCAUGUGUUCACAGAAGAACUAUUCUGAGGGGAAGGAAUGUCAGAAAGCUUUCCCUUCUGGUUUGGACCCCAUUAAAACAUCUGGAAUUCAUGUUGUAGAGCAAUUUGAUGAAAAUGGGAAUUCGUUCCUCCUGAAUAAUGAAUUUACACUACAGCAGAGAACUCAUCUGGGAAAAAAUGGCUCUGAAAUGAUUCCGUGUGGGAAGACAUCCUGUCAGGAGGCAGAUCUGACUCAACAUUCCAGUAUUCAGAGUCAAAACAAAUCCUAUAAAUGCAGUGAAUGUGGAAAGGUCUUCCAGAAAAAAUCAAGUCUUAUAGAGCACUACAGAAUUCACACUGUAGAGAAACCGUAUGAAUGCAUUGAAUGGUGGAAGAUCCUCUGCCUGAAAUCUGAACUCAGAGAACGCUGCAACGUUCAUACUGGAGGGAAGCCUUUUAAAUGCAAUGACUGUGGGAAAGCCUUUCCUUGGAGCGCAGCACUGACUGUACAUCAGAGAACUCACACUGGGGAGAGACCCUACGAGUGUAAUGAAUGUGGGAAGACAUUUCAAACAAGGUCCAACCUGACUCGGCACCAGAGAACUCACAUGGGACUAAAACCUCAUCAGUGCAGUGUGUGCGGGAAGGCGUUCUCUCAGAAGUCUGCUCUUACCACUCACACCAGUAUUCAUACUGGAGAGAAACCUUUUAAAUGCAAUAUUUGUGGGAAAUCCUUUCCUUGGAGCACAACACUGACCAUCCAUCUGAGAACUCACACUGGAGAGAGACCCUAUGAGUGUAGUGAAUGUGGAAAGACAUUCCAAUCAAACUCCAGCCUGACUCAGCACCGGAUAACUCAUACGGGACUGAAACCUCAUCAGUGCAGUGUGUGUGGGAAGGCCUUCUCUCAUAAGUCUGCUCUAACCACUCACAGAAGUAUUCAUACUGGAGAGAAACCUUUUAAAUGUGAUGACUGUGGGAAAGCCUUUUCUUGGCGUCCAACACUGACCAUACAUCAGAGAACUCACACUGGAGAGAGACCCUAUGAGUGUAGUGAAUGUGGGAAAACAUUCCAAACAAGUUCCCACCUGGCUCGGCACCGGAGCACUCAUAUGGGACUAAAACCUCAGUAGUGCAGUGUGUGCUGGAAGGGGUUCAUGCAUAAGUCUGUUUUUACUGAUCAUGGAUCAGUACUGGAGAGUACUGGAGAGUACUUACUGGUGAGAAACCAUAUGAAUGCUCUGAAUGUGGGAAGAUCUGCCAGAAGUCAGAUCUUACCCAACACUUCAGCAUUCACACUGGAGAGAAACCUUUCAAAUGCAAUGAUGGUGGGAAAGCCUUUUUCUGGAGCACAACAUUGACUCAACAUCAGAGAAUUCACACUGGAGAGAAACACUACAAAUUCACCGAAUGUGGGAAAGCCUAUACCCCUAAUUCAGGGUUUUCCUGACAUCAGAGAAUACAUGCCAGAGAGAAAUCCUAGCAAUCUAAUUACCGGGGAAAAGCAGUCCCUCUCAUCAAAGUAUGUACUCAGUACUGUAGAGCUCAUGAUGGAGAAAAACCUCAUUAAUUUAAUCAUUAAAGUAGAACACUCUAGUAGACUGAUCCUGAUUAAAAUAUAAUUUCAAAACAUUUAAGAAGAUAAAUACACAAUAAAACACAAAAGAUAAUUAGCCUCUUGGUUCUCUUAGUCAAUAUACAGGAUGACUCCAUGGUGGUCCUUAGGAUGUUGAUAUUUUGCUUCCCCAUUUUCCCUGCUGAGAUCUUCUUGUUUCAUUUCAUCUUUGUUUGCCCAUAAAGAAGGGGCUCUUGUUGGCUGGUCCCCCAUGUUGUUAUUAUAAUGUUAGGGACUUAGACGUUGAAGGGAGUCCCUGGAGUCUAGCCCCCUCAUUUUGUAGGUGAGGAAACCAGGCCCAGAUAAGGUAAAUGACUUUCUCAGGCUCAUACAAGCAUGGCUUUUAAACUAGAGUUGAGGUUUAUGCAGAGCAUUGAAAGAGAAAUAUUUGAUCCUAGAAGAAAUAGGGAGCACUAGAAUUUCAAGUAGAGGGGGAGUGGGGUGGGACAGUUGUACCUGUGCUAUAGGAAAAUCACUUCAGUGACUGUAGAGGAUGAAGUGGAGUGGGGAGAGAUUUGGGGCUGGAGAUUCAAAUAGGUGGAGACUUUCAAAGCUCAGGUGAGUGAGCAGGAGGGUGUACAUGAGGUAGCAGAAAGGAAGGGCGCCUGUGAGGAAAUCUAUGGAGACAGAAAGUAAAAUUAGCCACUGAGUGGUAAUAUCAAAGGUGGCACUGUCAACAGAGAGCAGAUUACUAGAAUCAAUCUGCUCCCCUUGUUCCUUCUCACAAGGCUCCAGCCAUAACACAUUGACCAUCCUCCAUAACUCUCUUCCCCACUGACCUUUCUGGAAUGAAGGGGAAUACAGGCGGAAGAACACUGGAGAUUGAUUUGGAAUCAGUAUGUAGUUUAUUCUAUAUUGUGCCUAUAAUCCUUCACAUGAUCUCAUUUGAGCCCCAACCCAAUGAUGUGGAGUGCACUGAAUGUUGAACAGUUAUCAUAUGGCCAGAGAUUCCUUAUUCUUUUGUAACUGGUUCACAUUGGAAAGGUAUUUCUUUUAUAGAGCAAAAGACUUUCAGUUUGAUGGUGUUGAAUUUGAGGUCAUAUCUCCCAUCCUCCUUUCUCUCAACGCUGAGAUUCUCUUCUUAACUCCACUUGUAGAUUGCAAUGCCUGAACUAGCUCUGCAGGAUCUUGGGACCAGCUGAGUCCUUGAUCUUAGAAGAGGAGUGAAGAGGUGGGACUCUGGUUUAUGGUCAAACAUGGAGUCUGUUUAUUUCAAAUUCUCUCAGCCUUACAUAUCCUAAUGUCCUUACAUAACUGUAGCACACUGCGCAUUGGGGACUGCACAACAACUUGCUGUUUGUAGAUGUCUCUUUGCUUCUUGGUAUCAUUGUAAUUACAACACAGGUUGUCACAGUCCCCUGAUUUCUCAAGAAGGCUGAGAGCCCUUAAGGGAAUCAGGUAGCUGAACCAGACCCUUUCAGCAGGAUUCCUUUUACUGGACUAAAGAGUCUUAUACCUCACCAGGGUUUCCCAUUAUCUGUGGCCCUCUGCAGUAGAUACCAGAAAUCAGAGCAAGCCCCAUUUUCUGAGCCCAGUCCUGCUCUAUAAGCCAUCCCCCACUUCCUGGGGACACAUUAUAGAACAUAGUAGCACCACCCUCCUUUCGUCCCAGAUAAUUCCAUUUCCCUCCAUAAGAACAAAGAUCUAGGAUCAAAUUCAAGGGGAUUCCUAUGGUUAGUAUUUUAUCAUUUCACUGCACAUGACUUACAGGUUCCAAACCCAGUGUGAUCAGGCAGCUGCAGUGAAGAGGAGGCCACAGGUGCUGAAGGAGAUGGGGCAGCAGGUUUGUGUCUAGGUCAGUGCAGAUGAUUCAUGAACCUUAGGCCAACUGGUCCCUGAGGAGAAAUUUUUUAAUGGUAGACAAGGGCUCUCCUAAGUUGCCUUAUGCUUUUAAUAGAGGAACUGGACGUUUCUGGCACGAACUCAUUCAAAGAGACUCAGUUUCGCCUCAACGUGUCAUUUCCCUUGUGUCCACUGCCAUUUUCUUCUAGUCUCAGAUGGCUCCAGUUGAGCUCUCUCUUCCAUUUUUUCCUCCACUUCUGUCUCAGCUCCUCACUCUGUCCAUUCCUUCCUUGUCUAGUAGAUUUGACUGUUCAGUUAAAUAAAUCAGGAGGCAGAAUUUAUCUCAAGCAGAAGUUUAUAGAUUGUUGCAAACAGUUGCCAGAAUGGGUACAUGUAGCCUGAGUACAUGUGUGCAGAUAGCCCAUGCAAGAGACUAAAAUUCUUUCUAAAUCAAUGCAACUUUUAUGUCCUUGCUCACAUAACUCUGGCAGCUUUUUUUUUUUUUUUUUUUUUACCAAUCACACAUACAGUUCUACAAUUCUACAUGAUAUUGAUCUACAGUUUACAUAAUAUUGACACAAGACAAUCUGUUUUCUAGACCAUCCAGAGGUCUCCUGUACAGAUCAUCUUGUAGCUUAUCAGCAACUUUGUGACAUUUUUCUGCUUGAUAACUUGGGUUUAGUUUUCCUAUGUUACAGCUUCCUUUAUAGUCAUACAGAAAAAAAUUAACUGUUAAUAGCACCCAAAAGUUAUCCAAGAGACCCUGGUUAUUGUCCUUCCUGCUUGAAAAGAACCAAAGUAACCUCAUUGACAGAGUCAAAGGACAGCAUAUCUCAUCAGGGCUGCUUGGUUGGUUGGUGUCCUUUUCUCAAAAGACCAAAAGGACAGUGUAUGUUAGAGUCGAGUUACAGUCGGCUGAUUGCGGGACCACCCUGUGCUCAGAAUGCUUUCCCACAGAUCAGAUACAUAGAGUCCCACUGAACAUAUGGGGGCCUUCUUUAACUUUGUGCAUCUCAUGUUUCUUCCGAGCUCAUUUACUUCUGUUUUCCUUAUAGAGCCCAGCACUGUGUCUGAUGAGGGCACACCAUGCUGAGCAGUCCUGUCUCGUCUCCCAGGCCAUACAAUCAAUUCUAAAAUUCUUGAGAGACCUUGAGAGUGCCCUUGUGUCACUUUUUCUGGCCUUGUGAUUGUCCUGUGGGAGUUCUCCAUAAAAUAAUCUCUUUGGCAAGCAUACAUUUGGCAUUCAAACAACAUGUCCACCCCAACGAUCUGUGCUCUGUGGAGUAGGGUUGGAAAGCUCAGCAGUUUAGUUGUGGCAAAGCUACUGAGUGCUUUAUCAUUUCCUUCUCCAAUCUAUUUUAUAGAUGGGAAAAGUGAAGCAAGCAGUAUUACGUGAUUUGUGCAGGGUGACACAGCCAGUAAGUGUCUGAGGCCAGAUUGGAACUCAUGAAAAUGAAUUUUCCUGAUCCCAGGAUCCAAUACAUCACCCAACUGCCUUAGUUUGGUAGGCAGCCUAAGAACUCUUCUUUCUUACUUUCCUUUGGAGGCUUCCUGAACUAGCUGUGGUUCAUCACUCUGAUCAUCUAUAUAUGUCUCCCUGGAAGGUAAACUGGCCAAGGUAAGUGACCUCAUCCACAAUAUUCAAGAAUUUCUCCCUUUGUUGUAACUAAAAGUUCCAAGUGUGUAGAGGAGCACAGACAGUGUUUCUACUGGGCUUCUAUCCCAAAGAGAUCUUAAAGAAGGGAAAGGGACCUACAUGUGCCAAAAUAUUUGUGGCAGCCCUCUUUGUAGUGUCAGGAAACUGGAAACUGGGUGGAUGUCCAUCAAUUGGAGAAUGGCUGAAUAAAUUAUGGUAUAGGAAUGCUAUGGAAUACUAUUGUUCUGUAAGAAAAGAUCAGCAGGAUGAUUUCAGAGAGGCCUGGAGAGACUUACAUGAACUGAUGCUGAAUGAAAUGAGCAGAAUCAGGGGAUCAUUAUACACAUCAACAACAAGACUAUACAAAGAUCAAUUCUGAUGGAUGUGGCCCUCUUCAGCAUUGAGAGGAUUCAUACCAGUUCCACUUAUGCAGCAAUGAAGAGAGCCUUCUACAGCCAGAGAGAGACCCAUGGGAAUAAGGCUGGAACACAACAUAGCAUUCUCACUCUCUCUGUUGUUAUUUGCUUGCAUUUUUUCCCUAGGUUUUCUUUUUUUUUUCUUCCUUCUUGAUCUGAUUUUUCUUACACAACCAGAUAACUGUAUAAAUAUUCAUACAUAUAUUGGAUCUACCAUGUAUUUCAACAUAUUUAACAUGUACUGGACUACCUGCCAGAUGACGGAGGUGGUGGGGAGAAGGGGAAAUUUUUCAAUAAAUCGUUAUGCAAGA